AUGGAAGUUGUUCAGUUCAAUGUUGAGGCACAAAAUUUAAUCUAUAAUGCUAUAAGCGGAGAGGAAUAUGAGAAAAUCUCAAGUUGUGACACAACCAAAGAAAUGUGGGACAAACUGAAAGUCGGUUAUGAAGGAACCAGCAAAGUAAAAGAAACUCAAAUAAACAUGUUGGUUCAUGAUUAUGAACUCUUCCGGAUGAAAGAAGGAGAAUCCAUUGAGGAAGUGUUUGAAAGGUCCAGCAAAAUCAUUGGCGAUCUAAAAACCUUUGGUAAACUCUACUCAAGUGGUGAUCAAGAAGAAAAGAAGAAAAUAGUUGCCUUCAAAGAUACAACUGAAGGACAUGAAAAUGAUAUUGAUGACGACCCGGAAGCUCUUGAAGAAGAGAUUGCCAUGAUACUCUGGCUGCUUGCCGAUGAAGAUGCAUCAGACGAUGAAUGCACAGAAGAUACUGAAAAUUGUUUCAUGGCACGAGGUGAAACAAGCAAGGAUAUUCUUGACCUUACUCUAAAAGAGUCUCAAAAAAUGUUGAAUGAACUAAGAAGACUCAAUGGAGAAAAUAAGGUCUGGGAACUUAAACUUGAAGUCUGUGAAAUCGAUAGAGAUGUACUUCAAGAUGAAGUUCAGGAAUUUCAAAUGCAACUUAAUGGCAUGCGCAAGUCCACCAGUCACAGUUCUGUCAAAUCUAACCAGGAGACAUACAAGUCAACUGAAAAAGAAUUGGCUAGAACUGAGUCCACAAGAACACCACAGAAAGAGUCACAAAGGAAGUGGUAUUUAGACAGUGUGUGUUCCAGUCACAUGACGGAUGACAAAAAUCUAUUAAAAGAAGUUACAAAAAUAAAUGGAGGAAAUGUCAAAUUUGGAGAUGAUACAAGAGGAAAGAUAGUUGAUACUGGAACAGUUCCAAUCAGCAAUAAUUGCGAUAUUACUAAAGUACAUCUAGUGGAUAGACUCAAUUACAAUCUUUUAAGUAUCAUCCAACUAUGUGAUUUGGGGUACAAAGUUAAAUUCAAGAAAACUAGAUGUGUUAUUGAAAAUGAGGCAGGAAAGAUUAUUCUUCCAGGUAAAAGGUAUGGAAACAUCUACAUUCUUAAUGGCUUUGAAAAUCUAGAUAGUCAUAUCUGUUUAGCAUCCAUAUCCGAUGAUCCAUGGCUCUGGCAUAAAAAACUCGGUCAUGCAAGCAUGCAUCUUAUUGAAAAACUCUCCAAGCAUGAUUUAGUAAUUGGUCUUCCUAAGCUCAAUUUCUCUAGAAAUCAUGUAUGUGAUGCAUGUCAAAUUGGUAAACAAACUAAAAACUCUUUCAAAACUAAGGACAUUGUGUCUACUUUCAAGCCUUUACAAUUGAUUCACAUGGAUCUAUUUGGACCUACUAGAACUACCAGCAUUAGAGGUAAACGAUAUGCUUUUGUUAUUGUUGAUUACUACCCACGCUUUGCAUGGGUGAUUUUCUUAUCUCAUAAAGAUGAGCAUUGA